CAGCCAGCCAAGAAAGUUUGUAAAUAUAAACAAAACAAUCAACAUCCAAACUAGAAAUUUUAUUUCCUCAUAAGUUUUAAGUUUUAUUAUGUAGUAACAGUUUAAAAUAGAGCUUUUGAUUAACAAAAAUGUCCAUAAACGAUGCAGCAAACAUAGAAAAAGAAGACAUCGCUAAAAGACCGGUUGGGCCGAGGAACAGCCUAUCGGAAUCGCCUCUAUCUUUGCAAGAAUGUGUUCCAGAUCUUACACAACGGUUCAAAAACUCCGGUAAAGAUGAACAGUACGAUCCUACAAAUUAUGGUGAUGCGGAAGGGGAGAAAAAGAAAGUUACAUGUCCCAGUCGGAAAAGAGAUAAUCCACGGAUCAAAUCGGAGAAACCUACCAAAAAAAAGAAAAGAGGUCGACCUAGGGAUGAAUCAAAGCACAAUGUUCCCUGUGAUAUUUGCGGUAAGGUCUUCAAAUACUUCUACCAAUUGAAAACACACCAAAAACUGCACUUCGGAAUUAAAGACUUCGAAUGCGAGCACUGCCAGUUACGGUUCGUGCAAAAGGGUGCUCUGGUGGUGCAUCUGAGGAAGCACACCGGCGAGAAGCCCUUCCAGUGUCCUUACUGUCCGGAGGCUUUCAAGGAUAAGAUAUCGCUGGACAGUCAUACCUUCAAGCACACCCUGCAGGGAUCGAAAUGUCCCGAGUGUCCAUCGGUUUUCGCAACACCUUACGCGGUCAAGCAGCAUGCUAGGCAGGUACACUCCCAGGAGAGGCCACACGUGUGCCAGAUUUGCGGCAAAGGCUAUAAGAACCGAAGAGAUAUGGCACGACAUAUCGAGGGCCACGAUAGGCGUAUCUGUUCUGUUUGCGGGAAGGUUUUCGACACGGUAUACGCCUUGAAGACCCACAUGCACGUUUACGAUAAAGGUCCGAGGUGUUCCCUUUGCAAUAGAUUGUUCAAAUCCGAAGAAGAGCUGCAAGCUCACGCCAAAUUGCGAGGAAGGGCCUAUCAGUGCGAGUUGUGCUGUUAUAGCUUCAAUAAGGCUGAGUUUCUGAGCAAUCAUCACCGGAGGAACCACUGGAAAGUGAUGGGGUUGGAGCAGUUGGUGUGGAAUUUCCCUCCGAGACCAAAGAAACCCAAACCGAUGAAGAAAGUUAGGGCUCCGUUACCAAUUGUCGUCCCGGUGGAUAGUGGUCUUCCGUUAGUAGCUCCAAUUCAAGAGAAUACUCAAUUGGAUAUGCAAGAAAUAAAUGCAAUACAAGAAGUUCUAGUUGAGAAAUCAGAAUCAUCGAUUAUAAACGAAACCAAAGAGGAAAUUCUCGAAACCUUAUCAGAUGUCGACGACGGCCCAUUCCACGAUGUCCUAGAGUCCGAUCAUGGCGAUGCAAUUGAUCACACUGAAUCCGACCCCGACGUCAAGAUCGAAAUCGAAUCCAAACCUCUCCCGGAGGAAGUGUUUGUGAAAGAGGAGCUGGAUGAAGAACUGGCAGCGACACACCAUCAUCACAGUGACCAGAUAGAGUUCGAGCUCAACGAAUUGGAUGUGAAGGUAGAAGACUCAUCUCACGAUGAGGAUGAUGAUGUUCCGUUGGCGGUUCUGCGGUUAAAAUUAAGUCGUGAGAAAAAUGAAGCAGUCUCUCAAAACUCAGAGAAGACAAUUACACGCCUUGAUUCCACAUCAGAAGACGACAAACCACUGAGAAACAACACGGACAAAGGACCGAACACCAACCUGAGAUGCGGUGUUUGCGGAAAGCUUUACAAAUCUCGAACUGGCUUCAAAUCCCACCAGCAAAUCCACGCCGGCAUCAAAAACUUCCACUGUAAAGUGUGCGAUUCGUCUUUCAUGACCAAGGGUGGCCUCGUAGCUCAUCUCAGGACGCAUACCGGGGAGAAAGCCUACAAGUGUUCCCACUGCCCGGCACGCUUCCGAUCGCGAUACAUGUUGACAUAUCACACGUUCGAGCACACCAAACAAGGCGUUCAGUGUUAUUAUUGUCCCAAAGUGCUCCCUACGAAGCCCGUUUUCAAUCGUCACCUGAAGACUGCUCACAUCAAGAGGGAACCCUUUCGGUGUCAUCUGUGUGUUAGAAGCUUCAGAAACAACGUAAGCCUGAAAGCGCACAUCAAGAAGCACGGAGAUCAAACCUGUAACGCUUGUGGAGAGAUCUGCAAGGGUCGGGAAGCACUGAAGAAACAUAGGAAAACCGUCCAUCGAGUUGUGAAAAAAUCUGCGACUUUGAUCUGCGAGCUGUGUGGUCAAAAGUAUGCUACUAUAACUUCCCUAUCUAUACACCGCGCCAAGCACAAGGAGCACCAACGGUUCAAAUGCGACCAAUGCCCAAAGGCGUUCUUCUUCAAUGGGAUGCUGGAAGAUCACAAGCGCGUAGAGCAUCACGGGGAGCGUCUGAUGUGUUCUGUCUGUGGCAAGCUGUUCAAACAUUUGACGGAUCUACGGCGUCACCAGUUGCAGCACAGCAAGGACAAACCUUUCAAGUGUGACCAAUGUCCGGCAGCGUAUCGACACCCUAGUGGAUUGUAUUGUCACAAAGCCAUGCACAAGAAGGUUGUGUAUCCGUGCGAUAUUUGCGGCAAGGAGUACCGCUCCUCGAAUGGAUUGCUAGUGCACAAACGUAAUCACGCUGAAGGAAGUCGCUUCCAGUGUGAGAUAUGCAAUCGCAAGUUUAGUCAGAAGGCACCUAUGCUGAAACACAUGACUAUCCACACCGUGGAUCGACAGGUCAAGUGUGUCGUUUGUGAGCAGAUUUUCUACAGGAAGGUUGAUCUGGUCAUUCACCAAGCAAAGCAACAUCCCAACCAUCCGUUGAUCGGUAAAACUAUCAAGAUUCACACAUGUAACAUUUGCGGGGCGGAUUUUACCAAAAGGCAUCUCCUGCAGCAGCAUGCCGACAUCCAUGGAAGCGAGUACAAAUUCAAGUGCGACAUGUGCGAGAAUCAAAAGUUCAAACAGAUGGCCGGGCUGAGGUAUCAUUGGAAACAUUUCCAUCGGAAACAACCCGCGAAAAGAAAGAUGGCCAAAAAGACGAUCGACAAAGCGGACGUGACGAGUGAUAACGAUCUGAUUACACCACUUUAUGAACAGGUUGAUGAUCACUUCGAGUCUGAGAUUCGGUCAGCAGAGUGUGGGUCGUCAGUUUUCAAUUGAAAAUUUAACUAUUUUUAUUAUAUUUUUAUUUUAUUUUGUAUGUUUAUUAGAGAGAUUUUCAGCCAGAGGCUAGUUCAUCUCUGAAAUCUAACUAAAUAUAAGAAACCUCUGGAUGACACUGAGAGGAACGUUAAUUGCGAAACAUAAAAGAGUAGCAGUAAUGUAAUUUCGCAAACA